UCGAGAGUGGGCAGGAGGGGUAGAGCAUUUCAUCGAACAUGUCGGACAGCGGCGUUGUGAUGGUCUACGGCAAGGGCGCCGCCCUGUCGGAGCCGAAGAAGUCGUCCACCUUCUCCGUCAAGGUGGGGCUGGCGCAGAUGCUGCGCGGCGGCGUCAUCAUGGACGUGGUCACGCCCGAGCAGGCCCGCAUUGCGGAGGAGGCCGGUGCCUGCGCCGUCAUGGCCCUGGAGCGCGUCCCCGCCGACAUCCGCGCCCAGGGCGGCGUCGCCCGCAUGUCCGACCCCGGCCUCAUCAAGGAGAUCAAGCGUGCCGUCACCAUCCCCGUCAUGGCCAAAGCCCGCAUCGGCCACUUCGUCGAGGCCCAGAUCCUCGAAGCCGUCGGGGUCGACUACGUGGACGAGAGCGAGGUCCUCACCCCCGCUGACGACCAGAACCACAUCAACAAGCACAACUUCCGGGUGCCUUUCGUGUGCGGCUGCCGCGACCUCGGCGAGGCCCUCCGCCGCAUCCGCGAGGGCGCUGCCAUGAUCCGCACCAAGGGCGAGGCCGGCACCGGCAACAUCAUCGAGGCCGUCCGCCACGUCCGUUCCGUCAUGGGCGACAUCCGCGCCCUCCGCAACAUGGACGACGACGAGGUCUUCACUUUCGCCAAGCGCAUCGCCGCUCCGUACGACCUCGUCAUGCAGACCAAACAGCUCGGCAGGCUUCCCGUCGUCCAUUUCGCUGCUGGAGGGGUUGCCACCCCCGCCGACGCGGCUCUCAUGAUGCAGCUCGGCUGCGAUGGCGUGUUUGUCGGAUCCGGCAUCUUCAAGAGCGGUGACCCUGCGCGCAGGGCCAGGGCCAUCGUUCAAGCAGUCACCCAUUACAGCGACCCGGCGAUCCUGGCGGAGGUGAGCUGCGGCCUGGGGGAGGCCAUGGUGGGGAUCAAUCUCAACGACACCAAGGUCGAGAGGUUCGCAAGCCGCUCAGAGUAGCAGAGGAACGUAGAAAAAUGGUUCCUUUCAUUCAACUCGGUAGUCGGGUCGCUUCAUACUUGAAUUAACAUAGUUUCUUUUAAUUUGCUUGCUUGAUUGCUCUAUUAGCAACUCAGCUAUUUCUGCUCUUAAUCCUAGUGUAACCUGUGCUUUAAGGGAUCAUCUGCUCUUGGUAUGGGCUGUAGUUGGAUCCAGUGUUCGUUUCUUUUGUCUGUGCCACUGAUUUCUAUGAUAUAAUAAUCCUAAGGAUCUUUGAUGUAUCUUUUCCCACCGCAAUUGGAUGCGAGGCAUCUGCUUUUUAUAUCUUUUUACAUGUUUAAAUGCAAAUCUUGAGUAUCAUUG